UGAACAAACACUCCGACACCCAGAGUCGACGCGGCAGCAGAGCUCUGCGCUUCAACUAUGGAUGUUUGAUGAGAGGGAAAGACUCAGAGAGAGAGAGAGAGAGAGAGAGAGAGGACUGACUGAAGCAGACUGCCGGUGGAUGUGUGAGUCUGUGGCCGGGCUGAGGUGGAUCUGUACCGGCCCCGGAGUGAAUGGGAUUACGCCGGUUGUUCCGCGUCUCCCGUCGGUGCUGCUGCUGGAGGAAACAUGCGGCUGCAGAGCUCCCCGCUCCCCUCGGUCCUCCUGCUGCUGCCGCUGCUGCUGAUCGGGCUCUGCAGCGGCACAAGUUUCCCAAGUAAUAUCAACAUAGGCGGCCUUUUCCCCACCGGCUCCCACGAGUACGAGGUGUUUCGUUUCGCCCUGGCGCAGCACCAGGACAUCCCCAAGCUGGUACCACAAGUGGACAUGGUGGACACGGGGAGCAGCUUCGCCAUGACCUACGCCUUCUGCUCCCAGUUCUCGAAGGGCGUGUACGCCAUCAUGGGCCUGUACGACCGGCGGACGGUCAACAUGCUGAUGUCUUUCUGCGGCUCGCUUCACGUCUGCUUCGUCACGCCGUCCUUCCCCGUCCAGACCAACAACCAGUUCGUCCUGCAGCUGCGGCCCCAGCUGCAGGAGCCCCUCAUGGCCCUGCUCGAGCACUUCUACUGGACCAGGUUCGUCUACAUGUACAGCUCCGACUCAGGUCUGUCGGUGCUGCAGAGGAUCCUGGACACGGCGGCGGAGCAGGGCUGGCAGGUCACCUCCGUUAACCUGGACACGCUGACGGAGUCGGCCUUCAUCAAGCUGCUGGCCGACCUGGACUACAAGAAGGACUAUCAGAUCAUCAUCGACUGCGAGCUGGACCGACUCAACUCCAUCCUCAACCUGAUCGCUGCUCAGAGGAGAAACUUGAAGAACUACCACUACAUCCUGGCCAACCUGGGCUUCAUGGACAUGAACGUCACGGAGUUUCAGAAGCUGGGGCCGAACGUGACGGGCUUCCAGCUGGUGAACCGGUCCGAUCCAGCUGUGAUGAAGAUCAACCAGGACUGGCUGGACUUCGACAGCAAAGACCUGAAGCUGGCCCGCAGGAGGCUCAAGUACACGGGAGCUCUGACCUACGACGGCGUCACCGUCAUGGCGACGGCCUUCCAGAACCUGCGGCGGCAGCGGAUCGACAUCUCCCGCCGCGGCAACGCAGGGGAGUGUCUGGCCAACCCCCCCGCUCCCUGGGGUCAGGGCAUCGACAUCCAGAGAGCCCUGCAACAGGUGCGUCUGGAGGGGCUGACGGGUCACGUUCAGUUCGAUGAGCGAGGACAUCGCACCAACUACACGCUGACUGUGAUGGAGCUGAGCCACACCGGACCCAGGAAGAUCGGCUACUGGAACGAGAGGAGGGGCUACGUGAACACAGCCGUGUACCGGCCGGUGGUGGAGGAGUUCUACGGUCUGCAGAACCGAACCUACGUCGUCACCACCAUCCUGGAAGCUCCCUACAUGAUGCUGAAGAAGAACCACGAGCAGUUCGUGGGGAACGACAAGUACGAGGGUUACUGCGCCGAGCUCGCCUCGGAGAUCGCCAAACACGUCGGCUUCGCCUACCGCCUGGAGCUGGUGGGCGACGGCAAGUACGGCGCCAGAGACGCCGAGACCAAGAUGUGGAACGGCAUGGUGGGAGAACUGGUGUACGGGAAAGCCGACGUGGCGGUCGCCCCGCUCACCAUCACUCUGGUGCGAGAGCAGGUGAUCGACUUCACCAAACCGUUCAUGUCUCUGGGGAUCUCCAUCAUGAUCAAGAAACCCACCAAGUCCAAACCCGGCGUCUUCUCCUUCCUCGACCCGCUGGCCUACGAGAUCUGGAUGUGCAUCGUCUUCGCCUACAUCGGCGUCAGCGUGGUGCUCUUCCUGGUGAGUCGCUUCAGUCCGUACGAGUGGCAGGGAGAGGAUGAAGACGAUGAAGAUGAAACUCUGGCCUCCUCCGCCUCUCGACGAGUUCUGCCCACUUCCUCCUCUGAGCUCACUCACUCUCCAGGUUACUCCCAGUCUCAGAACCAGAACCAGCAGAAGGAAAAGGAGGCUCCAGAACACACCAACGACUUCGGGAUCUUUAAUUCUCUGUGGUUCUCGCUCGGGGCCUUCAUGCAGCAGGGCUGUGACAUCUCCCCCAGGUCUCUCUCAGGGCGAAUUGUCGGAGGAGUUUGGUGGUUUUUCACCCUCAUCAUCAUCUCCUCCUAUACAGCCAACCUGGCAGCCUUCCUCACUGUAGAGAGGAUGGUCUCCCCCAUAGAGAGCGCAGAGGACCUGGCCAAGCAGACGGAGAUCGCCUACGGUACCCUGGACGGAGGCUCCACUAAAGAGUUCUUCAGGAGGUCGAAGAUUGCCGUUUUUGAGAAGAUGUGGUCAUACAUGCGGAGCGCAGACCCUUCGGUGUUCGUCAAGAACACCAACGAAGGUGUGUUGCGAGUCAGAAAGUCGAAGGGGAAGUACGCCUACCUGCUGGAGUCCUCCAUGAACGAGUACAUCGAGCAGAGGAAGCCCUGCGACACCAUGAAAGUAGGAGGCAACCUGGACUCUAAAGGCUACGGAGUGGCCACGCCCAAAGGAUCGCCCCUCAGAAACCCUGUUAACUUGGCAGUGUUAAAACUGAACGAGCAGGGCCUGUUGGACAAAUUGAAAAACAGAUGGUGGUAUGACAAGGGAGAGUGCGGCACCGGGGGAGGGGACUCCAAGGACAAGACGAGCGCGCUCAGUCUGAGCAACGUGGCGGGAGUGUUUUAUAUUCUGAUUGGCGGGCUUGGGCUGGCCAUGCUCGUGGCUCUGGUCGAGUUCUGCUACAAGUCCCGGAUCGAGUCGAGAAGGAUGAAGGAGCUUAUUGAUGCCGCCAUGAUGAGCACCAGCCUUGGCGGGAUGGGAGGAGGAGGAGGAGGCAGUGGCGGCGGCAUGGCGGCGGUGGGCGGUUUAGGAGGAGGAGGCGGAGCGUCGGGACUCGGAGGCGAGAAUGGACGCGUGGUGGCGCACGACUUCCCAAAAGCCGGAGCUCAGGGUUUACCCUGCAUGAGCAAGGCAGCCGGCCUGGGACUGUCCUCCACAGGCAUGUGAUCCAAACCGAGAGUCCUGAUUGGACAGAACGCUCCUGUCUGUCUGUCUGUCUGUCUGUCUGUCUGUCGCUGAGGAAGGGAAGGAGAGAAAUGGAUGGAGGGAGGAAAGAUGAGAGAAUAAGAAAAGAGAAGGUAGAGAUCAAGGAAGGAGGAGAUGGAGGAGGGAGGGAGAAUGGAUGAAGGAGAAAGAAAGGAGGAUAAAGGGAGAAGGAUUGAUGGAGAAAAGGUGGAGGGGGUAGGAAGAAAAAGGGAGGAGGAAAGAUGAGAGAAUAAGAAGUGGGAGGUAGAGAAAGAAUAAAGAACAGAUCAAGGAAUGAGAGGAGAGAAGAAAGAAGAGGAGGAAGGAGAGGUGGAUAAAGAAAGAAAGAAAUAGAACGGAGGUGGGAGAAGAAAGGAGGUGAGGGAGGAAGGAGGGGUGGAUCAGAGAGUGAAGGAGAGAAAAACAUGAGAGGAGGUAAAGAAAGGAGGAGAGGAGAUCUCAGGAAGGAGAGAAGAAGAAGGAAAGGUGAGACAGAAAGCGAUAGAAGGAAGGAGGAGAAAAAGAAAGAAGGAAGGAUGUGAGGGUAGGAAAGAAAGGAGGGAACAAUAAGAAAGACGUGAAGGAGAAAAGAUGAAAACGCCCGACAGGCCGACAGACGGAGGAGUGUUCACGUUCACCCCGAACGGACUGAAUACAACAGAACUCUGAUGAACAGAGAGCACCUGAACGCAACACCUGAGCUGAACUGGGACUGAGCUCCUGCGAGACGAGCACCUGGGCUUAACGAACUUUUUCUACGAGCGCUGUCUUAAACGAAACUCCUCCUCUGCAAUAACAGAACCUGAGGAGGAAACAGAGGGGGGGCGGGCAGGGGGGAGUUUUUUUAACUUUUAAAGACUGAAUUCAUGCACCCUCCUCUUCCUCUUUCUUUCUUCAUCCUCCCCUUCACUCCUCCUCCUCCUCUUCCUCCUGUUCAGCAGUAACACAGAGAGUUUCGUCACGUUCGCACAAAAAGCCACUUUCAUAUCGGAGAGUUUGAGCAUGUCGACGUUUUAAACCUUUUUACUCUGAGACACAAACGAACACUUGAGCUGACGAUCAGCUGACGAUCAGCUGAGGGACAAACGCACGAGUCACAUGAUUCAUUUUGGCACUAAAUCCUUUUUCUUUCCUUUUUUUGCCAUUGAAAGUAGAUUUAAUGGCGAAUCUACGCUGACGAGAUGUUGACGUUAGAUCAACAAAUAAAAAUAAAAAAAUGGCCGCCACAGUCUCACAGAGUCCGAGGCGACGUCUUGAUCAACUUUUCAAACCCAUAAAAAAAAAAAAAAACGAGAAGCAGGAGUUUUCAUUUUCUGUCGAUCAGCUAAUCAAUUAAUCAACUUGAUUUUAACUUCAGCUGUAGAGAAAGUUUUGGUAACUCUUUAAAAAACCAGCCGGCGACUCACAGUGUGAUUGUGUAUCAAUCAGUCAUCAAUAAGAUCCUGACUGCAACAGGAAGAAAAGAAACAUGGAGGUUUGUUUUAGAAUAAAGGAAAAGUAAAUGUUUUUUAUGGUUUAAUGGAUUUCACAGCUGCGAUACUCCACCACAGAUCUGAGGGAGGGGGCUUUAAGUAAAGGGGGUGUACAUCUAUAAUAAUGUUAAUUAUUAACGGAGCGCUGAGCUCGCUGUUCUGUGGUCAAAGAUGACGCAUUACGAGCGGCGCCGAUGGUGUGAAAUGAAACACCAUUCAUGCUUGUUUUCAUCUUCUGGUUUGAACCAGAACAAGAUCAUCAGUCUUAGUGAUAUUCUCAUCAGUGAUAACUGUUUUCCCUCCAGAAACAGGAGAAUGAUAAUAACAGUAAGAAGAUCAUUGAGCAAAGAAACACAAGUUUUAUUUGGGUUUUAACUUUUAAGUCCCUCUAAACUUCUGUUUAUCCGGUUGGAAAGCGGCGUUGGCAGCAGUGAAACCGGAGAUCUGUGUUGCCAGAUCUGCCCAGAGUUUGAGACACAGUUUCAAAUAAAGUAAAUUUUUCUCCUGAUUUUGUCUGAAAAAUGACAUUUCCCCCGCUGAGGUUCACCGCUCCCACGGGAGUGAACGGACUCUGACCUGCUGCUGGUCUUCUGAAGGGGGCGGGGAGGAGGGGAAACCAUGUGACACGGAUACAGGAAGCGAUUUGUGAAGUGUCUUUUCUCGACCGCCUCUGCGACAGUGUGAAGGUUCUGUUCCUUAAAAAUGUUCAUCAGGUAACGUUCCCCGACAGAAACACAAUGUCCAGUAAACAAACAACAUAAAAUACAUCUUGCAGAGUUCUGCAGAAUAUUAUAAUUCCCAGUAUUAAACCGACCAAACGAAAACACUUUUCCUCCGAGAUGUCCAAGUGUUUCUCCCUCGUUCUCUCCCACUGACUCUACGUUAAAUAUUUGAUCGGUUCACGACUCAUUCACACUGUAACUCACCGGCUGUCGUUUAUAAAAUCAUGUGUCACAUGUCGGAGGGAAAACUUGCUGCAAAUAAAUAAAACACAAGCAAACUGAGAAACAAAGUCUUCACCUCUUUGACGACACAUCCAGCAAAAAUAAAAAACUGAUGCUGCAAACACACAAGAUUUCACCGUUUCCCUGGAAACGUCACGAGGUUCUGUUCGACUUUGUUUUGGUUCCUUUGUGUGUUAAAGAUGUUUGUUUGUUUGUUUUCUUCAGUUGCAGGAAAUUAAACACUAAACGUCACCGUGACUAAACACAACUCAUGUUGCCAUGUUGGUUCAUUUCCAGGAACAGACACGAUGAGGGUGAAUAUUCCUUUAAACUGGAGGCGUUUACAGAUCCGGUUUAAAAUAUCCUCAGAAACGACAGCGUUUACGUCCCCCGGCCGUGCUGACCAAUCAGCUGCUUGCGUCGAGGCCGGUCACGUGUUUCUGCGUCUCUCUCCUGUAUUUUCUCCUCAGUGUUUUUCCGGGGGGUCGGUCACGUGACGAGGCGGCAGCACGGCAGAACUUUUUAUACUCUGAAACCGAACAAAUAUCAGGAAUCAACACGUCCACAUUUGUAUGAUAUGAAUGAAACAUGUGCCGAGCUACACCUGUAAAUAAUGUUCUUUUUAAUUGAUUUAUGAGUUUAUAAUCUUUUGAGUUUGUUGAUUACAUUCAGAUCAGUAACUAUUUAAUAAAAACUCUUACAUUA